AUGUUUUUAAGUGCAAUGUUUAUUCCCUUGAAUGUGCUCUUGUCGUCUGUUCCUCCGCAUAUGAAAUCUGAGAUUAGACGUAACGUCCAAAGCUUGGGUGGUAAGGUUUUUGGUGAUUGGAUGGAGGCGUGCAACUUGCUUGUAAUGCCCAAGUUAGUCGUAACGCACAAAGUUCUCUGUGCUUUGCUAUGCGGGUUAGAUAUUGUGACUCCAAAAUACCUCGUUGCUUUAUGCAAUGCCUGCCAUACCGGUGUAUUUCGUGAACCCAUUCGGUCAGAAUAUUUUCCUCCGAUCGAAGAAAAGGGGUUUACUGAUGUAGAUGCUCCAAAGUUCUUCGCGAACCCUGAUAGACGUUUUGUGUUCACCAACAAGACUUUUAUCUUUCUUACUGAGUCAAAGUUCAAUCGUUACAGUCUUCUCCUGAGUUUGACAAAUGCACAGACCAAAUGCAUUGCCAACACAGCGCCUUUAUCUCGACGAGAAUUAUCGGAUCUUUUCAAGUCUGUAUCUGAUCCGUGUUUGCUUUAUGAGGCAAAGACUUCAACACCUAGUCAACAAUUGGCUGAGUUAGUUCUGAAGGAAGAGCUUGAUAGACGCCCCAUAUUUGAUCAGGAAAUCACGUUGGCUAUUAUCGAGAGCUCGUGUGAGAUUUAUUGUAAUGCCACGCGGCGGUGUCCCUCAUCAAAUGACGGAACAUUUUCAAGUCUUCCCAUCAGCAUUGCGCCUUCGGACAGGGCCGCAUCAUUUAGCGUCACCAACAGACGUUGCUCUCUUUUGAAGCGUCCUAGGUAA